GAUAAACUGAUUGUCUCGGCUCGGCGCCGCAUUCUUCCCAGCUGUUUUACAUCGCGGCGUCAAAUAGUUUUAUUGCAGUGCAAAGCCGUUAAAAGACAGGUUGGCAUGGACACAGACUUGUGUUUCACUUCUCGUCGGUCACCUGUGGUGUGUUUACACGGCUGUGUGGCGUCCAGCCAGCCCCUCGCUUCCGCUGUAGGACUGGAUGUUCUGAAGCGUGGUGGUAAUGCUGCAGAUGCUGCGGUGGCCAUAGCAGCGGCUCUAGCAGUUACAGAACCGUGCAGCACCGGUCUUGGUGGUGAUGCCUUCUGCUUGUUCUUUACUAGCAACACCGGCGAGAUCAAAGGGAUAAAUGGCAGUGGUCGUUCUCCCAAAGGCUUGACUCUGGAAUACCUAAUGGGUCGCAUGUACAGUGCUAAUGACCCCCCUCCAGUUUUUGACGCUCUGAAUGUUACAGUACCGGGAGCACCUGCGUGCUGGUGUGAUACCAUAGAGAUGUUUGGUAGUCAUAAGCUUUCCUUGCAGGAGGUGCUCAAUGGGGCAGUGGAACUAGCUGAGGUGGGGUUUCCUGUUGCUGAAGUCACUGCUUACCAUUGGAAACACUGGGUGACUGAGCUACGAAACGCUGGGAGGGAACUUGAUGAAGCCCUGCUGAUUGACCAUCAGCCACCCAAACACGGACAAGUUUUUCGUAACCCUGCCCUAGCCCGAACUCUGAAGGAAUUGGGGCAGCAUGGAAAAGCAGCUUUCUACCAAGGCAGAGUUGCCCAAGCCAUCACUGAUAUCAUCAUCCAACAUGGAGGAGUCAUGACAUUGGAUGACCUCAGUACCCAUGACAGUGAUGUUGUUACGCCUAUAAGCACAAAGUACAAGGGUGUGUGCCUAUGGGAGUGUCCUCCUAACAGCCAAGGGUUGGCUGCCCUGCUGCUGCUCAACAUCCUGGAGAACUUCCCUCUCAAAGAUUUAGCUCAUAAUAGUGCAGACUACAUCCACAUCUUUGUGGAAGCUGUUCGCUUGGCACUAACAGACGCUCACAGCUUUGUGUGUGACCCAGACCAUGUGACAAUUCCACUUAAAAGCCUACUGGAAAAAGAGUUCAGCAGCCAGCGAGCACAGCUCAUCAACAUGGACAGGGCCAUGGGCGAUGUAGAGCCUUCACUGAUAACAGGAAGCGAGACAGUCUAUUUCAGUGUGGUUGACAGUCAGGGGAAUGCCUGUUCUUUCGUCAACAGCACAUAUAUGGGCUUUGGGACCGGGCUUGUUCCGAAAGACUGUGGUUUCUCACUUCAGAAUCGUGGGGCCAACUUCUCUCUUGAUCAUAACAGUCUUAAUUGUGUGGCUGGAGGAAAGCGACCCUACCACACUAUCAUACCCGCGCUCCUCACUGACUGUGCAACUAAAUCUCAAAAGAUGCAACUUCUUGCUUCCUUGGGCGUAAUGGGCGCUAUGAUGCAGCCACAAGGACACAUUCAGGUUUUGUGUAACAUGUUGGAGUUUGGGAUGAAUCCACAGCAAGCACUUGAUUCACCAAGGGUCUAUGUAGAAUAUGACCGCAAAGAAAAGCAAUGGUCAGUGAACUUGGAGGAGGGGAUCAAACAAGAGGUCGCUGAGGCUCUAAGAAAACGAGGCCAUAAAGUCAACUGGCCAGUCACAGGUCACAAGAGGUCUCAGUUUGGAAGGGGACAGAUCAUCACAUUAGGAGAUUGGUGGGACCCAUCUGUCAAUCACAAUGACCAUCCAACAAGGGUGUUGUGGGCAGGAUCCGACCCCCGAUCAGAUGGAUGUGCCAUGGGAUUCUAGACUGCUCAGUCACUUUUUAGUGAUUAAUUUACUUAUCUUUGCCAAUUUCACACUGCUGGUAAAGUGCCUACGAUAUGCCUAUGUAUCAAUGUGAGUGUGAAUGUUCGUUAUGGUUAAUUGUAUGUGCAUCCCACCGUUGAUUGACUGCCCUUAUUUUUUACUAGGAUAAAAAACUGGGAAAAACAAUGAAUAAAUGAAAGGUGGAAACCUGGAAAAGUGAAAACUGAUGUCAUGCUGUUGUCCAUUUGUUUUAAACUAAUCAGAUCCCAUUUUAUGCGUCAGGUAUCUGUGGACAUAUUUUACGAGUGUGUUGAAAGGAUCAGAAUUUUUUAGCACCUCCGUCA